GGAAUUCCCCUUUAAUUCCCCCCAAAAAGCCCGUUUUGUGUCGCCCUCUGGCGGACGUGCCGUGAAGCGCGCUGUUAGCUGGACACUCGGAACUUUCCCAAGACAUUUAUUCCUGAAGCUGCAGCCUUGAGAACGAAACAGGCGUUCCUCUCUUUCUCUCACUUUCCCCCCAGUAAAACGGCCCAGCCGAGACGGAGCUGAAGCGGUCAGAUGGGUUUAAGCCUUGGGCAAGAAGACUGGACACUCCCGUUUUUUAUGAAGCUGUGUUUCUUCAGUAAAGAACAGAAAGUGAAUUUUUAAGGAGAGAGAAACGGAUAGACAGGCAAACGGAAUGGGAAUAUUUUUUCUCCACUCAGAAGAGACUUCUCUCUUGUUAAAACUGAAUCGACAGCUUUACUCCAGCUCGACUGCUCUGCCUGUUUACAGCACGUUUAUUCUCCGCAAAACUCACUGAAUGCUCUGAUAUGGACAAACACUGUACUACUCACUCCUUGAUGCUUAAUUGCAACAGUGAGGAAUUACGUUUUGAUCAGCAAUAACAAAGCUCAAGUCAAUUUUGGUCAAAACGUCCGAUUUUGGGCCAAAGCAAUAUUGAAAAGGUCGACCUACACCAUUCUGUUGGACCUACAGCACCAGAACUGAGACUUUCUUUGGAUUUUGUAAGCAUAAAUGAAUGAUAACUGUCUUGCACUGGAGAAAAAGAGACCAGACUGUGUGAAUGAAAUGUAAAGAUUACUUGCCUGUGACUGGACACAAGUGAAUGUCAGUCUGCUGCCAGUCAACUAGGGGGUCUGAACUGGGAUUACUUGGAUCAAACUGGAAAUCGCAUUCAAUCAACUGCAAAGACACUUUUAUGCUAGUUUUAUAAUGCUUGUGUUAAGCUUAAAUCAGCUUCCAUUUUAAUGUGAAGUGACUGUUGUCACCAAAGAGGGCCAGAAAGCCGAGAGAGGGAACGUCAAUUUGGACAUUAGUUUUUCUUGGACACGUUUGCUGGGGCGGAUCAGCAGAAUGGCAGGAAAGGACUACAACCAUCUCUUCAAACUGCUCAUCAUUGGAGACUCCAAUGUAGGGAAGAGCAGUCUGCUUCUGCGAUUUGCAGACAACUCCUUUUCUGGUAGCUAUAUAACCACUAUUGGGGUGGACUUUAAAAUUCGGACAGUCGAGAUUGACGGAGAGAGAGUUAAACUCCAAAUCUGGGACACAGCCGGUCAGGAGAGAUUCAGAACCAUCACUUCCACGUAUUACAGAAACACCCAUGGGGUCAUUAUCGUUUACGACGUCACAAAUCCAGAGUCGUUCGUCAACGUGAAACGAUGGUUGAACGAGAUCUCCCAGAACUGUGACAACGUCUGUAAAAUUUUAGUUGGGAACAAGAACGAUGACCCUUCCAAGAAGCAAGUUGAUACCCAGGAUGCCUUGCGCUUUGGGGAGUCAGUAGGUGUUAGAGUGUUUGAGACCAGCGCAAAAGAGAAUAUCAAUGUGGAAGAGAUGUUCAUGGCCUUUACUCACAUGGUCCUGCGGGCGAAGAAACAGAGCCAGAGUCGAGCAGAGAGGGAGCGGGACAGAGAGAAGGACACGGUUCACAUCAACUCUCACAGGGACCGCGACAGGAGAAAGAGAGGGAAGAAAUGCUGCUGAGAAUGAGAACAGAGGGACGAGUUCAGCGCCUCCAGUCAGCUGGCACAUGCAGAAAAAACAAAAUUGCUUAACUUUGCACUGAAACAGAAAAGGGGAUAGAAACAGGAAGAGCCACUAUUAAGUGCCGAAAUAUUUUUUUACGUGUCUUGUCAGUGUAAUUUUAUUACUAAAAGAGAAUUGACCCAUCCGAGACAUUACACGGUCAUUAGACAUCUAACUAAGGAAAGACACUAACAGACCUGAGGUGUUCUGCUGUGGUUAGUCGGUGAAAAACAUCAUCUGUUUUAUGUCGAAUAAAAAAUUGUGUUGGUGAGCCAAGUCAUGUCCAAAUUAAUAACUAGCAAUAAAAGACAGCCUUUGAAAUGUGCA